AUGAACUAUACAAGGCUCCAAUCUGCCUUUCAUUCCACAAGGCUAGCUUCGCAGCACGCGCAGCAGCACACGCACCGGCGCAGGUACGCGACGAAGACAAAGUCUGCACAUGCCCAGUGGUACGCAGAUGUUGUGCCAGCAAUGAUCCCAGUAGCUUUGCUGGGGUCUGCUGUAUACCUUGCCCUGCAAUUGGUGCAAGUCAAUCUGGCACACGAAAAGCAUCUAGACGAGGCCAAAGCCCGGCUGUCAGAGUUGGAAACGGAAGUUAAUGCUUUGCGUGAAGAAAGGCGCCAGAACUUGGCAAGGGCAUCAACCUCCGAAACUCGCGACAGCCCAAAUGUCGGCCAGGUCUCACACCGGUGGUGGCCAUUCUCAUAA